GUUAUUGAAUGUGUUAAGGACUAUUGAAAGCUUCUAGUAACUGAGACUUCAAUCUUCGGACGCUUUACGUUUUAUUUAAUAUCUCUUUACGGAAAUUCAUACAAUAUUUCACAAAAUGAGAAUAUUUGUAAAAUUAUUAAAAGGUUCUGAAUGUGAAGUUACUGUGGCUUCAUCGGCAACAGUGCUGGAUGUUAAACAGCAACUUCAGAGUCAAGUGUCCAUACCUGUUGAUCAACAGAAACUUAUAUCACAGGGAAAGGCCCUGGCUGAUGAUAAACCCCUCAGCUUUUACAAGAUAACAAAUGGCAGCAAGUUGUUCCUGAUGUUAAAGAAGCCUGAUGGCACAGGCAUAACACCAGCUACAACCUCUUCCACUCCUUCACGAACACCAAUGAAGUCCCCUGAUAAUACAUCUCCUAUGUCUGUAGAUACACAGGAGGAACUGUUCACAAUAGCAGAUGAUCCCACAGGCUUUUGGGGAAAGCUGUCUGAAUUUCUGAAGCGUCAUUUUACAGAACGAGACGCAUCCAAAGUACUCAAGGAAUUUAAACGGAACUAUGACCAUGGCAUAAACAGUUUAAGUCUAGAUGAUAUAGAACGGUUAGCUACCAGACAGUUACAUCCCCAUCAUGCAAACCACCAGGACACAAGGACAUGAAGUUUUAAGAAUGCUUUUUCUGUUAAAAACAUAUUUUGAAAUGGGUGCAGACAUUUUAAUAUUUAUGCCCCCCUUCGAAGAAGAGGGGGUAUAUUGUUUUGCUCAUGUCGGUAUGUUGGUCGGUCCGUCCGCCAGAUUUCCGGAUGAUAACUCAAGAAUGCUUAGGCCUAGGAUCAUGAAACUUCAUAGGUAUUUUGAUCAUGACUGGCAGAUGACCCCUAUUGAUUUUCAGAUCAUUAGGUCAAGGUCACAGUGACUCGAAACAGUAAAAUGGUUUCCGGAUGAUAACUCAAGAAUGCUUACACCUAGAAUCAUAUAACUUCAUAUGAACAUUGAUCAUGACUGGCAGAUGACCCCUAUUGAUUUUCAGGUCACUAGGUCAAAGGUCAAGGUCACAGUGACUCGAAACAGUAAAAUAGUUUCCGGAUGAUAACUCAAGAAUGCUUACGCCUAGGAUCAUGAAACUUAAUAGGUACACUGAUCAUGACUGGCAGAUGACCCGUAUCAAUUUUCAGGUCACUAGGUCAAAGGUCAAGGUCACAGUGCCUCGAAACAGUAAAAUGGUUUCCGGAUAAUAACUCUAGAAUAUUUAGGCCUAGGAUCACAAAACUUCAUAGGUACAUUGAUCAUGACUGGCAGAUGACCACUAUUGAUUUUCAGGUCACUAGGUCAAAGGUCAAGGUCACAGUGACAAAAAACGUAUUCACACAAUGGAUUCCACUACAACUGACAGCCCAUAUGGGGGCCAUGCAUGUUUUACAAACAGCCCUUGUUAUUACUUGACAAGUGCACAAAUUACUUGCUCAUAUGAAAGUCCACUUACACAGAUAAAAAUUCUACCAGA